AUGGCAUGGCUAAAUAGCAACAUUGUCGAGUGGAGACAACUAGCAAGAGUUAAGGAGGCGAUUUCCUCUAUGGAAAUCAAUUCAUUUACUCGCUCUACAAAAAGGGAGAUUAAUUAUAAGCUUACUGUUAAACAAAAGGACGAAUUAAAGUGCGCUUUCGACAUUUUGGACGAAAGUGGCGUUGGAACUAUUGACAUUCAGGACAUCGUAGUUGUAGUGCGAGCUCUUGGACUUCACGUAUCAUUAGUUAACAUCUCAAAACUUACUCGGCUCUACGAUCCGCAAAAAACUGGAACCCUUGAUUUCAGAGGAUUUCUCGGCAUAGUGGAAAAAGUCAUGUUCAAUAAGUAUGUAGAUGAGGAAAUUGCCAAGGCCUUUCAGAUUUAUAGCCAAAAUGGCGCUGAGUGCAUCACUUUUGAUGAUAUUCAACGUGUCGCGAAACAGUUGAACGAAGACAUUUCUGACGAGGAAUUAGAAGAACUGUUCAAUGGAGCUGAUUUGAAUAACGAUGGUGUUAUCGAUUUCGACGAGUUUUCGACUAUUUUAAGAUCACCUUUUUUACAAAACCAUGAGACCAAGUGA